CCGGGAAGCGGUGCAGACAUUUUCGGUUUGAGUGCGUCAGCUUUCAUUUUCAUUAAACGAUCUUUGUUCUUCCUCCUCGCAGCGCUGCUCUCGCGGCAACUGAGGGAACGCGCCAAAAUAAGAAAACACAAGCCGUGUCAGUGACAGUACAAGAGAAAACUGGAGGACAAACCUUUGAAAUAACUUCAAAAUCGUUUUCAAAUGCGGCUUUAUUGACAGACUUAUACAAACUGAGCGGGGAUUUGACUUAAUUCGCCUGUUGUGGCCGGCAGACGACGAUAGAAGAUGGUUCUGCAAAACAGUGGAAGGUUCAAAUCGGACCGAGGACAAAGUGGAGGAGAUCAGGAAAACCAGGACGAUGGAUCCUCCAUGUCGGCCCUCAAGCGGCUGGAGCGCAGCCAGUUCACCGACGAGAUGGACGCCCGCUUCGGGUUCGACAGGAUGAAGGAGCCGGGGGAGAAAACAGGGUGGCUGAUCAACAUGCACCCCACAGAGAUCCUGGAUGAAGACAAGAGGAUGAUCAGUGCUGUGGACUAUUAUUUCAUACAGGAGGAUGGAAGCAGGUUUAAGGUGGCCCUCCCCUUCAAGCCAUAUUUUUACAUUGCCACUAAAAAGAACUGCGAGAGAGAAGUUAUCUCAUACUUGUCGAAGAAGUUCCAAGGAAAGGUGGCAAAGCUUGAAAUUAUGCCGAAAGAGGACCUAGACCUGGCGAACCAUCUAGUUGGACUGAAGAGAAGCUACAUCAAGCUGUCAUUCAACACCGUAGACGACCUCAUCAAGGUCAAGCGUGAGAUCUCCCCAGCGGUACGCAAGAACAGAGAGAGGGAGCAGUCCAAUGAUGCCUACACCUCAAUGUUAUCAAGCGCCUUAUCGGGUGGCAAUGUGAACUCAGCAGAUGAAGACGGGAUGUCAAAGAGUAUUUCAGACCAGUUAGACAACAUAGUGGACAUGAGAGAGUACGAUGUGCCCUAUCAUGUGCGAUUGUCCAUCGACCUCAAGAUCCACGUGGCUCACUGGUAUAAUGUUCGGUACAGAGGCAGCGCGUACCCACCAGAGAUUGUACGGAGGGAUGAUCUUGUGGAGCGACCAGACCCUGUUGUUUUGGCUUUCGACAUAGAGACCACCAAACUGCCACUGAAGUUCCCGGAUGCAGAGACCGAUCAGAUUAUGAUGAUCUCCUACAUGAUCGAUGGGCAGGGGUUUCUAAUCACAAACAGAGAGAUUGUCUCUGAGGACAUUGAAGAUUUUGAGUUCACUCCUAAACCUGAAUAUGAAGGGCCUUUCACUAUUUUCAAUGAGGAUGAUGAGGCGGCCCUCAUUCAGAGGUGGUUCGAUCACGUUCAAGAAACCAAGCCAAACAUCUUUGUGACCUACAAUGGAGACUUCUUUGACUGGCCUUUUAUUGAGACUCGGGCUGCUCUCCAUGGACUGAGCAUGCACAGGGAGAUUGGUUUCCAGAAGGAUAACCAGGGAGAGUACAAGUCCAGUCAAGCCAUCCACAUGGACUGCUUGAGGUGGGUAAAGAGAGACAGCUACCUGCCGGUGGGAAGUCAUAAUCUGAAGGCAGCAGCGAAGGCUAAAUUGGGCUACGACCCAGUGGAGCUGGACCCAGAGGAGAUGUGCCGCAUGGCAACAGAGGAACCACAGACUUUAGCCACCUACUCUGUGUCAGAUGCUGUGGCCACGUAUUACCUGUACAUGAAAUAUGUUCACCCCUUCAUCUUCGCUCUGUGCACCAUCAUCCCCAUGGAGCCUGAUGAGGUGCUGCGUAAAGGUUCUGGGACUCUGUGUGAAGCUCUGCUCAUGGUACAGGCCUUCCACGCAAACAUCGUCUUCCCCAACAAGCAAGAGCAGAUCUUCAACAAACUGACAGACGACGGCCACGUCAUGGACUCUGAGACCUACGUGGGCGGCCAUGUGGAGGCACUUGAGUCCGGGGUGUUCCGCAGUGACAUCCCCUGCCGUUUCAAAAUGAAUCCAGCUGCGUUUGACUUCCUGAUGCAAAGAGUUGAGAGAACGAUGCGUCACGCCAUCGAGGAAGAGGAGAAAAUCCCUUUGGAGCAAGUCACCAACUUUAAUGAGGUUUGCGAUGAGAUCAAAAAGAAGCUUACUUCCCUGAAGGAGGUUCCAAACAGGAUCGAAUGCCCCCUCAUCUACCAUCUGGACGUUGGGGCGAUGUACCCCAAUAUCAUCCUCACGAACCGCCUGCAGCCAUCCGCUAUGAUUGAUGAGGCCACUUGUGCUGCCUGUGACUUUAACAAGCCUGGUGCCACCUGCCAGAGGAGGAUGACCUGGCAGUGGAGAGGGGAAAUCAUGCCCGCCAGCCGCAGUGAGUUCCACCGCAUCCAGCAGCAACUUGAGUCGGAGAAGUUCCCGCCAUUUUUCCCCAACGGUCCACCUCGGCCUUUCCACACUCUCAACAGGGAGGAGCAGGCCAAACACGAGAAGAAACGUCUUGCAGACUACUGUAAGAGGGCCUAUAAGAAGACACACGUCACCAGGCUGGAGAAGCGAGUCACCACCAUCUGUCAGAGAGAAAACUCCUUCUAUGUCGACACUGUGAGAGCUUUCAGAGAUCGGCGUUACGAAUUCAAAGGACUCCACAAGGUGUGGAAGAAGAAACUGUCAGCAGCUCAAGACAGCGGAGAUGCUGCCGACAUCAAGCGCUGCAAAAACAUGGAGAUCCUGUACGAUUCUCUUCAGCUGGCUCACAAGUGUAUUCUGAACUCUUUCUAUGGCUAUGUCAUGAGAAAAGGGGCGCGGUGGUACUCCAUGGAGAUGGCUGGCAUUGUGUGCUACACCGGAGCCAACAUCAUCACUCAGGCCAGAGAGCUCAUCGAACAAAUAGGGAGGCCCCUUGAGUUGGACACUGACGGUAUCUGGUGUGUCCUCCCCAACACCUUUCCUGAGAACUUUGUGGUGAAAACCAGUAAUGAGAAGAAGCCCAAGGUGACCAUCUCUUACCCAGGGGCCAUGCUGAACAUCCUGGUGAAGGAGGGAUUCACCAACGAUCAGUACCACGAGCUGGUCGACCCUGGGUCCCUCACUUACAACACCAGGUCAGAGAACAGCAUCUUCUUUGAGGUGGACGGCCCGUACCUGGCCAUGAUCCUGCCUGCCUCGAAAGAGGAAGGGAAGAAGCUGAAGAAAAGGUAUGCUGUGUUUAAUGAGGAUGGCUCUCUGGCUGAGCUGAAGGGUUUUGAAGUGAAAAGAAGAGGAGAGCUCCAGCUCAUUAAGAUUUUUCAGUCAUCGGUGUUUGAGGCUUUCCUCAAAGGUACCACUCUAGAGGAUGUGUACGCCUCUGUGGCCAAAGUGGCUGACUACUGGCUGGACGUUCUGUACAGCAAGGCUGCCAACAUGCCAGAUGCGGAGCUGUUUGAACUGAUUUCAGAGAAUCGUUCAAUGUCCAAAAAGCUGGAAGAAUACGGAGAGCAGAAGUCCACUUCUAUCAGCACAGCUAAGAGACUGGCUGAGUUCCUGGGAGACCAAAUGGUGAAAGAUGCUGGUCUGAGCUGUCGCUACGUCAUCUCCCGAAAACCGGAGGGAUCGCCUGUCACAGAAAGAGCCAUUCCUCUGGCCAUCUUUCAGGCAGAGCCCAGUGUGAAGAAACAUUUCCUUCGUAAGUGGUUGAAGAUGCCCAGCUUGCACGACUUGGACAUCCGCUCUAUCCUUGAUUGGAGUUAUUACAUCGAGAGGUUGGGUAGUGCCAUCCAGAAAAUCAUCACCAUCCCUGCAGCUCUUCAGCAGGUGAAGAAUCCGGUACCCAGAGUGAGGCAUCCUGACUGGCUUCAUAAGAAACUCCUGGAGAAAAAUGAUAUCUACAAGCAAAAGAAAAUCAGUGAGCUGUUCACCAGCGAGGGGAAGAGACAGGUGGCCCAUCAGCCUCUUGAAGCAGGCCAAGCUGCAGACAUAGAGGACUUUGGGAUGCCAGCCAGACCUCUGCAGCCAGCCAUCCUCAUCAGCACCAAGCGGAAGCGGGUUUCUCAGGGGGAGGAUAGCCAGGUGGAGUCUCAGGAUGUCGAGCUCACUCAGUCCUGGAGAGAGAUCCUCGGGCCACCCCCACCCAUGGGAAAGACACGGGAGGAGCGUCUAGUGUGGCUGCGUUACCAUAAGAAGAAGUGGGAGCUGCAGCUGAGGCAGAGGAAGGAGAGAAAGAAGAGGAGGAGGCUGCUGGAUGGUGAAGCUCAACCUGUAGGGGGAGGGGUAAUCAGAGAUGGCCCCAUCACUGGCCUGGGAAGCUUCCUCCGCAGAACAGCACGCAGCAUCCUGGACAUGCCAUGGCAAAUUGUGCAGAUUGCAGAGACUAGUCACCCUGGUGUGUACAAGUUGUGGGCUGUAAUUGGAAAUGACCUCCACUGCAUGAAGCUCAACAUCCCACGUGUCUUCUAUGUCAAUCAGAAAGUCCCAAAACAGGAGGAGGGAGCCACAUACAAAAAGGUGAACCGUAUGCUGCCUCGCUCCAACGUGGUGUACUACCUGUAUGAGUACUGUGUACCAGAGGACAUGUACCAGGAGCACAUCAAUGAGAUCAAUGCUGACCUUUCUGCCCCAGACAUUGAAGGGGUCUAUGAAACACAGGUCCCAUUGCUGUUUCGUGCACUGGUGCAGCUCGGAUGUGUGUGUAUGGUCAAUAAACAUGUUGUGAGGGAUCUGGCUGGCAGGGAGGCUGACACUUUUGACCUGGAGCAUCUAGAGAUGAGGUCUCUGGCCCAGUUCAGCUACCUGGAACCUGGGAGUGUUCGCCACAUGUACCUGUAUCAUCACAGUCAGGGUCACAAGGCUUUGUUUGGCCUGUUCAUCCCCUCUCAGCGCAAAGCCAGCAUCUUUGUCCUGGACACAGUCAGAAGCAACCAGAUGCCCAACCUUGGUAACCUCUACACAGCUGAACGCACUGCACUCCUGGAGAAGACGACUGAGGAGCUCCUGCCUCCAGAGAAACACAACUUCGAGGUCCGAGCUGAAAAUGACGCAAAGGCUAUUUACCGCGCACUGCAACGUAUACUGCUCAACUACAAGGAGGAGCGUCGUGGGCCCACCCUCAUCGCUGUGCAGUCAAACUGGGAGUUGCAGCGUUUGGCAGCGGGGAUGCCGGUGCUUGAGGAGUUUCCAGUCGUUCCGGUACAUGUUGUUGAUGAGAUCAGCUAUAAUGUGCUGGACUGGCAACGCCACGGUGCCCGGCGCAUGAUCCGCCACUACCUCAACCUGGACAGCUGCCUGUCACAGGCUUUCGACAUGGCCAGGUAUUACCACUUACCUGUGGGGAACUUGCCUCAGGAUGUGUCCAUCUUUGGCUCAGACUUGUUCCUGGCAAGACAUCUACGGAAACACAACCACCUGCUGUGGCUUUCACCCACAGCCAGGCCUGACCUCGGAGGAAAAGAGGCUGAUGACAGUCGUCUGGUGAUGGAAAGUGAUGACCGGGGCUCUGUUGAGAUCAAUGCUCAAGGAUGCUAUUCCACAGUGUGUGUGGAGUUGGAUCUGCAGAGCCUGGCGGUGAACACUAUCCUCCAGUCACAGCAUGUCAAUGACAUGGAGGGCGGAGCUAGUCUGGGCGUCAGUUUUGACGUGAUCCAGCAGGCCUCGUUGGAGGACAUGAUGUCAGGAAACCAGGGAGCCAGCGCUCUCGCUAGCUAUGAUGAGACUGCUCUCUGCUCCAACACCUUCAGGAUCUUGAAGAGCAUGGUGGUUGGAUGGGUCAGAGAGAUCACGCAGUACCACAAUGUGUAUGCAGAUAAUCAGGUGAUGCAUUUCUACCGCUGGCUGCGCUCCCCCAGCUCUCUGCUCUAUGACCCUGCACUGCACCGCACCCUGCUCAACAUGAUGAAGAAGGUGUUUCUACAGUUGGUUUCAGAGUUCAAACGUCUCGGCUCCACUGUGGUGUACGGAAACUUCAACAGGAUCAUCUUGUGUACUAAAAAACGGAGGAUAGAUGACGCCAUUGGCUACGUAGAGUACAUCACCAACAGCAUCCACUCCAGAGAAAUCUUUCACUCUUUGUCCAUCUCCUUCUCCCGAUGCUGGGAGUUCCUGCUGUGGAUGGAUCCGGCCAACUGCGGCGGCGUGAAGGGCAAACUGCCCUCCAGCAUCUUGUACGGAGAGGAAGGAACCAAACAGAAGAAAAACAGUGGAGGGGAGGGAGAUGAGGAGGGCAGCGAGGAUGAAGACGAAGUCGAGGAAGAUGAUGGUGAUGGAGAGACGGAUGAGGUGGAGGAGCUGAUUGAGAGCAACUGGAACAUCAUGCAGUAUCUGCCACAAACUGCCUCCUGUCAGAAAUACUUCCUCAUGACUGUCUCUGCCUACAUUGCAGCGGUCUACCACAGCAUGAAAGAGGAGCUGAGACGUAACGCUUCUGGGGCAACGCCAGUCAAGAGACGUGGAGGCAGCCAGGUUUCCCAGCAGGCAGUGGGGGACUUGAGUGCUCUUCCUGGAAUGAUCUCCUUCUCCCAGGAGUAUGUGUCCAGUGAGCUGACACAGAACUUUUUCACUAUCACUCAAAAAAUCCAGAAGAAGGUGACAGGUACCAGGAGUGUGACCCAGCCCUCAGAGAUGUUUCCCAUCCUGCCUGGAUCCCACCUGCCACUCAACAACCCAGCACUGGAGUUUAUCAAAUAUGUCUGCCAGGUCCUUUCACUGGAUGCCAACAUAGUGAACCAGGUGAACAAACUGAAAAGAGACCUCCUGCGUCUCGUGGAUGUCGGAGAGUUUUCAGAGGAUGCCCAGUUCCGUGACCCCUGUAACUCUUACGUCCUGCCAGAGGUCAUCUGCCACCACUGCAAUUUCUGUCGUGACCUUGACCUCUGCAAGGACCCGUCUGUGGCACAAGAUGGAUCGGUUUUGCCUCAGUGGUUCUGCUCCAACUGCCAGGUGCAGUAUGAGACUGAGUCUAUUGAGAUGGCUCUGGUGGAAGCUCUGCAGAAGAAACUGAUGAGCUACACACUGCAGGACCUGGUGUGUACAAAAUGUAAAGGAGUGAAGGAAGCGAACAUGCCCCUGUACUGCAGAUGUGCUGGAGAUUUUGACCUUACUUUCCCAGCCAAGAGCUUCUCUGAGCAGAUCACAGUGUUUCGGAACAUAGCGUCCCACUACAACAUGAGCUUCCUGGAGGAGACCAUUGACUGGUUGCUUGUUAUGAGCCCACACAUCAGCCAGAGCGCUCACUAAAUGUGACAUCCGCCACAGAGGUCCAACACUCCCUCAGCUGCAUCUGUGGCAACUGCUUUUCAAUCUGGAAAACACUCGAUCUUGAAACUUUCCUAGACUGGCGAGGCAGGUUAGAAGAGAAAUAUUAUGGACUGUAGAUAUGUUUGAAGUCUUGAUUAUGCCAUAAUAACAUGAUGCAUGUGUGUGAAUUACAGAUUUUAACUGUUAAUAAAUAUUUUUCCAAGUGUUUUA